AUGUUCAAAUCAGAAGGAAAAAAUAUAUUGAACUUUAGAUGUCAACGACGUGAUACAAAGUGUGGUGCAGUUGUACAUUUAACUUUGGAUACACAUUCAUUCAGUGAUACUAAUGAUGUUAAUCACAACCAUCCUCCAGAUAAAUUUAAUAUGAAACAAAAGAUAUUGAAUCAAAUAAUUGAUGAUAGACUUGCUGCUGAACCAACUGCUAUUCUGCGAGUAAUUGAACGUGUAUAUGCAGAAGCAAAUCUGACUGAUGAAGAAUAA